AUGCCAGAAGCGGAUGCAUAUGCAAUGAUGGCGCAGAUUCAGUGGACGUUCGAGAUUGUUAUUGGAUUAUUAUCUUUUGCAGUCAAUAUCUACAGCUGGCGCAAGUUCAAACAAGUGCAGACCUUCAGCUUGAACUUGAGGUUCAUGUUGGUGAGGGAUUUUGGAUUCAUUCUUUUGGAGUUUAGUUUUGGUUAGAUAAUUAGAUAAGUCAUCAUUUUUGCUUAUACUGUACUUAUGUAGGCCUUUAGAGAUAACAUUUUUUACAGCGUUAAAGAUUUUCAUUGUUUUCCCAAUUUUUAUUUGCAUAAUUCAUGAUGACAUUCAACCUUUUCAGAGGCAAAUCUCAUUUCUUGGUUCUGCUGUCGCUCUAACUCAUCCGAUCCUCUGUUCAUUGCCUUCGGAUUUCUACGCAUAUGACACAGCAGCCAAACGCACACUUUUUCUUUACUUUUUACAUUUCAUUUGCAACAUUUGUUUGACCGUGAACGACGUCAAACAUUUGCUUAUCGCCGUGGAACGACAUUAUGCGCUCAAAUAUCGGACCACCUACGAAAACAGGGAUAAUUUAGUUGGAAAAGUGCUGUUUUACGGAGUUGUAAGUCAAAUGGAUUUGGGAUUUUUGCAGGAAAAAUGAAGAAAAUUUAUGAUUUUAGAUGUCCGUUGCUACAUUAAUAUUUUCUGCACGAGCCGUUUUCUUUUUAUUCUAUAACAGCGAAAACAUCCCUUUGGAUGUGAGGUUACAUCGCUCUUUUGUUUUCGAAGGGAGUAUCUACUUUUUUACCGUAAUGUAUGGAGUGGCUUCGAUUUCAGUGGUGGCUGGAAUGGUGGUAAGUCUACAAAAUUUCCUAGAAUCCUCCCAUAUUUUCAUGCAAAUUUUUGAUCGAGAUUAUGACUUUUUUAGAAGCUCUCUUACAUCCAAAAGACCGUGCAGACUCUCCACUACACAGGUGACUCCCUAUCCGAGCGCUUUCUGCUCAAAGAGAUGACCGUAGUGGUCGAUUGUUGGAAAGUUUUGGUUCGAAUGUUUGGCGUGGGUCUAGUCAUCGCCUACAUUGGUCUCUGCGGGAUUUGGUAUUGUUAUAAGAACUACUAUUUCUUUGCCUUGGAACUACAGCCGGAAUACAAAAUGUGGUCGAAUGUGAGUCCACACUUUUGGAGCGUUAAACAUUAAUGUUUAGAUUGCAUUCUUAGCCCUCUCUGGCUACAAUUUGGUGAGCAGUAUGAGUUUACUGUGGCUGCUUAGACCUAUACGGAAACUAAUACAGGACGAUCUACAUCAUUAUUUUGGAAUCAGAAGUCAACAAGUGGAUGUUGUGACCAGAAAUGACUUCGACGGCGAAGACCAUUUCGAUUAUCUAAAGAAGGUUUGGAACAUACCAAAGUGA